AUGUUUUCUUCACAAACCCAGGACGAGGCAUCUUUUAAUUCCACCGACUUUAACUCCACCCUUCGACACUUUGUACCACCACCCCUCUGCCUGAAAGGUGAUGGAAUUUCACUGAGUCAAGUUUUUAUCAUCUCAUUGCAGGUUCUACACGAACCCUCUAGUAAGAUGUCCGAAGUUGGUCUGAAAUUACCCACUCCCCACGAGACUUACGACCUUUAUCAUCCUGUUUCGAUGUACGAGGAGUUGUUCAAUGGCAGUCCUAUCUCUAACACGUCGAUGUCACUAAAACGAACCUCGACGUCGGAGAGGACGCGAAGAUUUAGCGUUGCGGAGAGGGCGAUUGAGAAACCUUCGCGUCACCAUUUUCGCCUGCGAGGAUCAACCAAAUCCAAAUCUCCAAAUCAUGAGCAGAAAUUGCCAAAGAAAGCGAGCAGAGUCAUGAGUCAUCAAUAUCAGCAACGUAAAUACAGUAGAAGUGCCACCCUUCCGUCGAAUCCGUCCUUAGAAGGUGAUACCACGUUCUACAGCGGUGAUGCAAAGUCGAGGGAGGAUGUGCGGCUAUGUGCUCAAACGUUGGAAGAAAAUCUGAUGUUGGAGGAAGCACUGCAAAGCCCAUUCAUAGCAGUGGAUAAACGCCUGGCAGAACGACUACAACACCAGAGUGUCAUAAAUACCGACCCCAUUGGUAUCAAUAAGAAGAGUCAAUUAUCGCCUAGUUAUCUCAUUCUUUACGCACCAGUACAGGACGCUUCAGAGGCAGAGGCAAUGGAACUACAUCCCCUCCAAAUCUGUGUCCGAUGGACCGUAGGAUGCAGACCCAAGGUCUCCCCCACCACGGGACUAGUCAUCGAUACUGGAGUACCGAAAAAGCCGCGGUUUUGUGCCUCUUCAUUCAUGCCCAGUGAGAACAUGCGGUCUGUAAAGAAACGUUCAGUGAGUAGGGUCGAGAAACCUGAUCUGAAACCAACUUGGAGAGAGCGCAAGUACUCAAGAGCCUCCAAGUCCAGUAUUUUGACACGUAGCACUUCUGUGCCUGGGAAGCGUGAUUCUAUUCUCAGCCCCGACUGUAUUUACGUGCUUCCAAAAAAGUUGUCAGCGCAAUGCCUACGAUUUGCUUUUUCACGAUGUCAUACUAUUUUGGAGGUGUGCGAAGCGAUUGCCAGGAACUUCACCGAUUACUGCAAUCGCGAUCUUACAACUGACAGUUAUCGCCUGUGGUUUGUUGAUUCCCCCGAAAGUGCUGAUUCUCCGUCUCAGAGGCCAAAAAUGAGUCAGAUCACAAAAACCGUAUCCGCCAGCUCCGACACAACAGACAGUGAUGACGAUGAGGGGGAUGGCAGCUCUGGUGGCACCCUACUGGCCAAACGAGUAUGCUUAGCUCCAAUCAAUCCCAACGCGAUUGGGGGUCAACAGCUUGGCAGGUUUUUGGCAAAUCAAGAUCCAUCAAGUCAAGUUUGUGCGGACAUCUUCGACCCCUACGGAAAAUGCCCCAAAACAUUUGAAUUUGUUAUCGAAUGCCUACAACAGAACUACUACUGGCCACUGGGACAAUGUCCAAAUGAAGCUGGUAAUUUUGUCGGCCUAAAAAACAUGGGCAACACGUGCUACUUCAAUUCGGUGAUUCAAUGCCUUCGAGCGACACCUUAUCUUGAGCGCCAAAUCCGAAUGCGUGUCACACCCCAGAAUAAGUUAGCAAAUGAAUACGUAAAACUUCUCGACCAAAUGAAACAAGAAAGGUGGGUAAAUCCACGAAGUUUGCGGCAGGUUUUUGUUCAAAAAAUGCCCGCUUUUGGACCGUUUGUACAACAAGAUGCUCAUGAAUUUCUCACACUAUUUAUCGACCUACUUAACGAGGAAUUGAAGCACAAGCCCACUUCGCCUAAGAAUGGCACUCUUAGGUCUGAGGAUAAUCGGAAAAGGAGCGUCUACACCAAGAAAAUCUUCUCCGCCUCUAAACAGAACGUAUUUCGUGAGAACAAUGACUCGCCCAUUACCAGUAUAUUCUCUGGGCUCUGUGAAUCCCAGUGCCAAUUUGACGAGUGUCGUCACAACUCAUCGUCAUUUGAUAUAUUUGCAAGUCUAACUCUACCCCUUUCAGUGGAUGAAGUUAGUUACAUCAUUCUCACCGUUGUACCUUCCCACGAUGCAGUACCGGAGAUGGUACGAUUUGAAAAUGACAGACCCAUUACUUUUAACUUCAUUCGUCAGCAAGUCUCACGGCGAUACAAAUGCUCGUUGGAUCAAGUCUUUUUGGCAUUGUACAAUGAUAAAGCAUUGACGCCUCUCCUGCCUUCUUCUACGGAGUCGGAAAAAGUUGUUAAUAAAUUCGAUUACUGGGCAUUUAUUCUACCUCCAAGUCGCCCAGGGUCGCCAAUCGACAAAGAAAUGUUGGUUGUUGUACAAAAUCGGAUACUGGUUCCCUCAUCAUCACCUCUGCUAGAAGAGGUCCCGGAUGAGCGAGAGGUGCUUGGCUCCCCAAUUGUACUUUUGUUACCUUUGAAUACCACAAAUAAGGAGCUUUAUAACACCGUUGAAAAGGCUAUAAAUAGCAAUCCAGGUGAUGAAAAGUUUUUUUUUGUACUCAAGCAGACGGGAAAACACCUUUGGAGGUGUUCCAAGUGUCGUUGGCCGAAAAUGUGUCGUGGCUGUCCGAUUCCGUACAACUCAGAGAAAGUGAGUUUCCAACCGUCUGCAAAUGGCUGUGUCUACAUUGCCGCUGACUGGAGUCUUGAUGUUUACAUCAAUGAAUAUCGACAAGCUCAAGAUGUGAUAUGGAAGAAGAUUGACAAGGUUGGUCAUACAGGUUCGAACUCAAAAGAUGCACUUCAACUGACCAACCUCCUUAGAAAAUUCUUCGAGGAAGAGGUUGUUAACCAAAGCGAUAGUAUUUUAUGCGACCUUUGUCACAAAAAGGAGUCCUUCACCAUGUACACUAAUAUCUGUGAACUCCCAGAAGUAUUAUUGAUCUCCUUCAAGAGGUUCCACGCAACUAAUCACGGUUGGCGUAAGUCCUCAAAUCUGGUUGACUUUCCGCUCACAUCACUGGAUAUGCGGGCCUACCUCUCGAAGGAUGUGAACUGCAAUAACACUCUCUACGAUCUUUACGCAGUGGUGAAUCACACGGGCAAAUUAGACGAAGGUCACUACUACGCCUUUAUCCGUAAUGAGGGUGGACACUGGUUCAGAGUCAAUGACACGCAGUUCUCCGAGGUUAGAAAGGAGAGCGUUGUCACAUCGGACGCCUACAUUCUCUUCUAUCAACAGCGCCAAAGCGGUUAA